AUGAAGUUGAUUGUUGUAGCAGUAGGAUUAUGCUGUCUUGUGGCGGUAUAUGGACGAGAACUUGCCGAAGAUGAAAAAGAUCUCGUAGCAGCCGCUACAAAGGGGCACCACCAUGAAGAGGGUGGUGGCAAGGAACACCAUCACCAUCACCAUCACGACCAUGGCGAAAAAGGACACAAAGGCCACAAAGGCCACCACCAUCAUCACAAAGGUGAUCACGGUGAACACGGCAAACAUCACCACGACGAACAUCAUCACGAACACGGCGGCCAUCACAAGAAGCACUGGGACGAGCACGACCACCACGGCGACCACCACGAAGCCGGCCAUCAUCACAAAGGAGACAAACAUGGCCACCACAAACACCACGACAAAGGAGAGAAAACCGACGGCUACCACAAGAAAUACCACAAGGAUCACUUCCAUAAAGACCACCACUUCUACGAUGACCAUCACGAUGAAGGCAAGCACCACAAACAUGGACACCACGAAGGACACCACGAUAAACACGGAGAACACCACAAGAAGGGAGGACACCAUGAUCAUGGUCAUCACGAACAUCAUCACGGUAAAGAAGGCCAUCAUGACAAGCAUCAUCAUGAUGAGAAGCAUCACGGCCACAAGGGUCAUCAUGGGCAUGAUGAGCAUCAUCACGGCCAUCACGAUCAUGGCAAGAAGGGUGGCCACAAGGACCAUAAGGAAUGGGGCCAUCACAGCAAGCACUGAUCUCUAUUUCAACUGUGAUAUUAUUUGUAAGAAUUUAAUCAA